UAUGCACAUUUUUACUUCCGAUCAUUCAAGAUUUAAAACGCUGAAUACAUUUUAUUUUUAUACAGAUAUAAUGACUUGCCUACAAUAAAAAAGGAUUAUGACUGCUCCAGAAAUUUGUACCCGAAUCGUCAAGUGUCUGCAGGAUGUGUGGACUGACAAAAUGUUGUUUGACUUUGCCGUCAAGGUCUCUGACGAAACAAUUCAAUGUCAUCGUCUCAUCCUAGCGGCCUGUUCUGAUUUUUUCAAGGCACUUUUUCGUUCUGGUAUGAGGGAAGUCACAGAGAACUGUGUUGUUUUACAAGAUGUUUCUUGUGAGGUGUUUCAGAUAAUUCUGAAAACAAUUUAUACGGGGACAAAUCUGUUAACGUUAGAAAAUAUUUUUGAAGUUUGGCGCGCAGCUCAUCAGCUACAGAUAGCAUUUAUGAUUGAUCAGUGUGAGAAUUUUGCAAUAUCAUCGAUUACAAUGGACACAUGGGAAUCUAUUUACACCAACGCAAAGCUUUUAGAUUCAGUCAAAGUUAGUUUAGGGCUACAGAAUUUCAUGUCAAAAAACUACGAUAAAAUUAGUCUCUCAACGAUGUUUCUACAUUUGCCUUUUAAUGAAGUCGCGGAUUUGAUAAAACGUCAAGACCUCGUUGUUGCCAGUGAAGAUGUUGUCCUUGAGUCUGUUUUAAGAUGGGUCAAGUAUGUUCCUACUGACGCACAUAGCACGCUAAACUCUUCGUCCAGCGGUAUUAACCUAGAAAUACAUAAUACAAAUAUAAGUCAAAUAAUAUUAGCCGAUACUAACCAACACAAGAUUAAAAACAAUGCUGAAGAAAUAAAUUCUGAAGCUGUUGUAGAGGUAGAUCAUAUUCUGGAAACAAAAACGGAGUUAACAGACGAAUGUAGCGUUCUUCAGUGUAAACCAGUAACUGAAUAUUCUACAAGACAGGAGAAACUUACAGAUCUGUUGAAGCUAGUAAGGAGAUGUCUUCUAAGCCCGGCGAUGCUGUCUCGUAUCUACAAAAUGGAAACGAUGUCGGAAAAUAAUGUGUUAAAAAAUAUCAUGUUUGAUGCAUUUUACUACGUACAAAACUUCAGACACGGUCAGUGGCCAACAGCUGCCUUACACAGAUCAUGUAGUGAGUACAUAAACGUUGGAGUGCUUGAAAAAUGCAAUGGAACAUUUGAAGUUGUAAGUCCAAUUGACGAAAAAUUGUACAAUAUUUCAAAAUGUGAUUACUUACAAGAAAAUAUCCAGCUUGUCUGUUUUAACAAUGAACUUUUUGUCUUCUGUGACAACAGCUGGGAUGAAAUUUUAACAAUGCCCGGCCAGAAUUUGUUGUUGCUGUCACAUGAACAAUUUAUUUACAUCUUAAACAAAGACGAUAAAAUCAUUUACAAGGUCAAUCCAAUGAAAAAGAAAACAGUUUUAGAAACGUUUACGGAUUUUCCAGAAAAUGUUGAUGUCCAACAUGCAAUGUUUUUUGAAAACUUGAUUUUAUUCUUUUGUUCUGAAACUCACAACGGCAUUGACGAGACUGCUGUGCAAAAAUUUGAUAUUUCGUCGAAAGUUUGGACCAGAUUAGAUAAUCUUGAUGGUCCAGCAGAGCAGAUAAUUAGUUUCAGAAAUGAUGAAAACAACUACAUUUUACAGAAAAAUGGCACAACCCACCAUUUUUGGCAAAAACACUUCCCGGACACUUUGAACAAAUUAGAUACUGGGGAUGUGAUGCUCAAUGUUCUAAUUUUGUUCCAAUUACACUUCCAAAAACAUGCUUGCAAUCACUUGAAAGUUAAGUCACGCAUUGCUAAGUAA